AUGACGGACAUUCAAACCACCGAGGCCCAGUUCAAGCUCCCCGACGGAGUCCUCGUCUACCAGAAGACAUGGACGGUAAGUCGGAUCCACAUCCCAUCCCCUAGCACACACAGCGAGCUGACCAUCCAGCCUCCCGCCCCGGUCGCAAAACUGCUGCAUUUCCACGGCUUCAGUGACCACAUCAACAACACGUACGACCUGUUCCCUUCGUUGGCCCGCCGCGGUAUCCUCUGCACCGGGAUCGACCAGCGCGGCUGGGGACGGUCGGCCCAGACUAAGGCGGACCGUGGACACACCGGCCCGACCGCAACCAUCCUGGCCGACAUGGCCGCGUUUAUCGAGGCGCAGCUCGACACCGAGCCCAAACUGCCCGUCUUCGUGCAGGGCCACUCCAUGGGCGGGGGGCUGGUCGCGACCCUCGCCUCGACCCCCAAGUAUCAGUCGCUGGUGUCGCGCCUGGCCGGCAUCAUGCUCGAGGCGCCCUUCAUCGGCCUCGACCCCAAACAGCAGCCGAGUGUCGUGACCGUGUUCUUGGGUCGCUUGGCGGGCCGCAUCCUGCCACGGUUCCAGCUCGUGCAGCCCAUGAGCGUUGAGACCGUUGUGCGCGACCCGGCCGUGCAGAAGGCCCUCAAGGAGGAUCCGUUCAACCACACCACGGGCACCCUGGAGAUGUACGCCAACAUGCUCGACCGCGCCGCCGCUCUGUCAUCGGGCAAGUUGGUGCUCAAUACCGGCGUGAAAUCGGUGUAUGUGGCCCACGGUGACGGAGACCAGGUCACCAGCUACCACGCCACCAAGAGCUGGUUUGACCGGCAGACAGGCAAGGUUGCCGAUCGCAAGUUCCAGACCUACGAGGGAUGGAGUCAUCUGUUGCAUGCGGACCUGCCGGACAACCGGCAGGAAUUCGCCGACGACCUGGCGGAGUGGAUUUUGGCGAGGGCGUAG